AUAUGUAUUGUGAGAAAAAGAACGCAUAUGUAAAAAUUAAAUCAUGAAACAUAUAUGGUAUAAGCUCCCAUGUAAACAAAAUGAAUUACAAUUGUUAGGUACAUUGAAUGGUGGUCAGAGUUUCAGGUGGAAAAAAAUAUGUGACGAACAAAAAGAACAAUGGCUAGGAGUAUUUUUUAAUAAAGUAUGGAUUUUACAACAAGAGAAUGAUCAUAUAUUGUAUAAAGUGCAUGAAACAAAAUUAAAUGAACUUGAAGAUGAAAUGUCCUACAAUAACCUUCUUCGCAGUUAUUUUCAGUUACAUGUAAACAUAGAAAAAUUGUAUGAGGAAUGGUCUACAGCAGACCCAUAUUUUAAGGAAGCUGCUAAACAGUUUUACGGUAUUCGAAUAUUGAAGCAGGAUAUUGUAGAAAAUAUAUUUUCUUUCAUUUGUUCAUCCAACAAUCACAUAACAAGGAUAAGCAGUAUGGUAGAAAAAUUAGCAACAUUUUAUGGAGAGGAAAUAUGUGAAAUAGAUGGUGAAAAGUACUACGCCUUCCCCAAAGUUAAUUUGCUAGCUCAACAAUCAGUUGAAGAAAAAUUAAGAACUAAUGGAUUUGGCUAUAGAGCUAAGUAUAUUAGUAAAACGGCCCAACACAUAAUGGAUUCAGGUGGAGAGAAAUGGAUCGAUAAACUUCAAACAAUGUCUUAUGAAGAAGCCAAGAAAGAACUGAUGUUACUCACUGGAAUAGGUGCAAAGGUGGCAGACUGUAUUUGUUUAAUGUCACUAAACCAUUUACAUGCUAUUCCUGUUGAUACCCAUAUUUAUCAAAUAGCAAAAAGGUUAUACAUGCCAAAAUUGCCCGAUAAGAAGACGGUUACAGAAAAAAUAUAUAAUGAUAUUGGAGACCAUUUCAGAGACUUGUACGGACCCUUAGCUGGUUGGGCACAUACGGUUUUAUUUUGCGCGGAUCUUAAAAAAUUCCAAGGAAAUAAUACUGAAAAUAGUUCUAGUGGAAAUCUAAGGAAGAAAAGUAAAAGUAAAAAGUGAAAAAAAAAUGUUAAUG